UCAAGCUUUCCGAAAAAGAAUUUUAGAAAACCACGUGACCAAAAUGUGUACGACUCUAUCCGUGAUGCAGAUACCUUGCUUCAUGAUGCAAUUCAAGAGAACUCUGUAAAAAAGAUUCAGGAAGUACAAGAUCAGCUAAAAUUAAGAGCAUUCACUCUUAGGGUAGCGGAAGAGGAAGGUUGGAAGGUAGCAGCAAAGAUCCCAAAACCAACCUCAGGUGUAAGUGAUGAAUUCCAAGAUUUACUUCAGGAGGCACGUAAAAGUGCUAGGUUAGAAGAAAGAGUAGGAUGUUAUAAUCAAGGAGGCUGGUUUAACAAAAGAGAAAACUAUAGAAGAGCAUACUUUGCACCUUAUCCGCAG